ACUCAAUCGUGUUUGCGAUCUCGGUGCGAAUAGAUCAACUGUUGGGAAAGUUAAUAAACCAAGUUCAGAAAUGCCGCUGCGCAGGAAAGAGGAUUAUAUACCCAUCAAGUGCGAGGGCUGGAACGGAAAGUUCGUGUAUCCGGAUGGAGCCGUCAAUAAUGUGUCCAAGAUCCGUCGCCAGAACCAGAACGUGACCAACACCAACAACUUCUACGGCUUCAACACGGAACCCAUCGUCCUGCCCACCGAAUGGGAUGGUACCUUCGUGAAGAGUGGCGAGACCCGCAUCAAACAGGAGCGCAAUCGUUCCGAUGACCAGGAUUACUUUGACUACAACACCGAGCCCACGGUACUGCCCACCACUUGGAGUGGCGAGUUCGUCACCGAUCCCACCGAUGUGCGCAUCAAGCCGGAACGGAACUUCUCGGAUGCCAGGGAUUAUGCGGAGGCAUCCAGAUUCAAACUGGUCCAGCACUGAGUGAGAUCCCGAUCCUCCCGUUUCAAUCAAACUAAUCCUGCAAAUGUUGCGUUUGUUUCGGUUUCGCAUUGUAAUUGUUCGCUAACCUCAGCGUUUGUUGUAUUUUAUUUUCUAUGAUAUUUAUUCGUAUACUUAAUAAACCUUAGCAAAAAACACUGAAA